AAGCGCUCCGUCUCCACGAGCGCGGACUUGACCGCGUCGGAAAGUGGACGUCCCCGUGGCGGCGAGCACAUGCACGGAUCCGGGAGCGGCGCACACUCAUCCCGGCCAUCUGGAGGCGGAGGACGACGCGGGACGGAGGGCGACAACGCAGCCAAGGCCACGCCACACAUCCUUCAGCCGUAUCCUGAUGAAGGUUGUUGCUUUGCCUGACGAGCGCCUUUCCUCUCGGUCUCCUCAUUUGACAGAUGGCGUCAGGCAAAGAUUCGGGUCCGGGCCGAGAGGAGAGGGACGCGGCCGACCAGAACUUCGACUACAUGUUCAAGCUGCUGAUCAUCGGCAACAGCAGCGUGGGGAAGACGUCCUUACUGUUCCGCUACACGGACGACUCGUUCACCUCGGCCUUUGUCAGCACGGUGGGCAUCGACUUUAAAGUCAAGACCAUCUACAGGAACGACAAGCGCAUCAAGCUACAGAUCUGGGACACAGCGGGUCAGGAGCGCUACCGCACCAUUACCACAGCUUACUACAGAGGAGCGAUGGGCUUCCUCCUCAUAUAUGACAUCACAAGCCAGGAGUCCUUCGUGGCAGUACAAGACUGGGGAACGCAAAUCAAGACAUACUCGUGGGACAACGCCCAGGUGGUGCUGGUUGGUAAUAAGUUGGACUUGGAGGAAGACAGGCAGGUCACCACUGAAGAUGCUCAGAGACUUGCUACAGAGCUAGGCUUCCAGUUCUUCGAGGCCAGCGCCAAAGAAUGCAUCAACGUCAAGCAGGUUUUUGACAAGCUGGUGGACGUCAUUUGCGACAAGCUGAACGAGAGCGUCAACACUGACGCCUCCCCGUCGGCCAAUCACAAGGGAGCCGGACUGAAGGACACGCCCCGCGGCAUCCAGGGCGGCUGUGCAUGCUGAUGGCGACCACGCACGCACACACGCAGGCAUACACAAUAGUGUGCUUGUCGACCCAUCCUUCCUCAGUCGGGCCUGAUUUAAACGUGACUGUUACACUGCAACGCCAAAGACCUACUCUGAGAACAUGUGCCUUUGACCUUGCUACUUUAUUAUUUGUCACCUUUGUGUGUGUGUGUGUGUGUGUGUGUGUGUGUGUGUGUGGGGAGCAGGCACCUGUUGCAGGCAAACACUUGGAACAAACCUGAGCAGUGAGGAUCACAGUACUGUACUUGUGUCAUGCUUCCCCCUUGUGGCUGCGUUAGGAAGUUGCAUAACUGUGAUGUUAAGGUACUUGGGGCGCCAUUGCUGAUGAUGUAAUUGUUUAAAUGUUUUGUUUUUCUACAAUCAUUUGGCAAGACUUUCUUUUGCCAUGUUUUUUUUUUUUUUUUUCAAAAUUGGGGAAUUUAAAGGGUGCUUCGCAGCAUGUCUGAUGCUAUAUUUUGGAAUAAAAUAAUAUCUGAUUGCAAAA